AUGGAGCCUCCUACUCUCAUGCAGGCUACAAGCUCUAAUCAAGACAACAUCUAUGCCACAAGGUCUACCUUCAACAUUACUAUUCUCACAAUCAACACACAAAGGUCUAAAGCGGCCUCCUCGGUCCUGCAAAAAAUGGCAGAUGAAUACAGGGCUGACAUAGUCCUCAUCCAGGAGCCUUACUUAGUGAAUAACUCUUUGAUGCGCUUUGGCAGGUGGAGGACCUUCCUGGACCAAGACUUCUGCAGGGUGAUUAAGGCAGGCAUCCUGGUCUGCAAUAAAAACCUCAAGGUUAAUUUCUGUUCUAAUUUCAGCACAAGCUUCGUGACCACCACCCUUCUAUCUCACAACAACAAGCAACUCUACUUCUCCUCUGUUUAUUGCUCCCCAGCUGAGGAUAUUCAGCACCUGAUUGCAGAUUUACAGAACAUUUCCAAUAACAUCAGAAAUCAUUUCUGGGUGAUCAGUGGGGACUUCAACGCAAAAUCCCCAACCUGGCACAGCCCAGAGGAGGACCCACGUGGCUACAUUGUGCGCGAGUUUAUGGCACAGAACAAUUUGGUUUCAUGCAACACCAGUCAACUGCCCACCUACUACAGCACCAGGGGCGAAAGCUGGAUUGACCUGUAUCUGGCUAGCAUCAAAGCCCAUAGAUCCAUCUCAUACUGCAGUACCCUAGAUGAAAAUGGGGCUAGCGAUCAUCGCUACAUUAAAACGACUAUUACGACCAAUGACCCAGCAAUUGAAAGCAACGUCAUAAAAAUUAAGAAGACUAAUUGGAUGCAGUUUCAAGAUCUGUUCAAAAGAUAUUGGCCUCCCCUAUCAAUCAGAUGA